AUGGGCAUCGCAGCUUAUCAUCCAAUGGCACAGGUUGGCCCGCAGCACAGCGAAUGCUUGGGUCUCAAAAUUGACAAUCCAUGUGUUGAGGCUGAUUGCCAAGGAAUGUGUAUCCUCAGCAAAGAUACUGGUGGCUUUGGCGUUGGUUAUCGAUGUGUCUGUCCCAUUGGGCAGAAACUUGUUGAUGACAAACGAUGCAUUGAUUCCACCGAUUAUUUGCUGUUCAGCAGUAAUAAAAUAGUGCGCGGUAUUUUCCCUGAAAUGAUCCAUAGUUCGCUAAGCGAGGCCAUCCUACCAAUAUCACCUGUAUCACAGCGCCGGAUUGGCAUGUAUUUCGAAGUGGAAUGCGAUAUUCACGGCGGGAGCUUCUUUUAUGCCGAUAUUAUGGAUAACACAGUUUACAGGUAA